AUGGUCAGAUUCGCUGCUUCCAUCCUCGUUGCAGCGACCCUUGUCGCUGCUGCCUGUGCUCAGGAGCAACGUCAUGCUCGACGAGACCGCGGUGAUAUCAACCUGUUCGAGCGCGAAAUCCCCUUCGAUCUCGGCGAUCUCUCUGCUCGGAACAACGCAGACCUAUACACCCGAGAGGUUGAGCUCUUGGAACGUGACCUCGAGCUCUUGAGGCGGGCGCGUACUUUUGGACGCACAGCCAGUCGCCCGCCGUCCCGGGCCGUGUCCCCACCACCGCGACCGACCACACCCUUGCCCCCGUACCCACCCCCGCCCCUGUACCCAAACCCACCCCCGUACUCACUACGGGACUUUGAUGAGGAGUUGUUCGAGCGCGACAUUGAGGAUGAGCUUCUUGAGCGGGACUUUGAUAAGGAGUAUUUGGUCGAGCGGGAAAUUGAUGAGUUGGAUUAA